UCCCCUGUGUCCCCGUCUCAGCUCUCUCAGCCCUGCCCCCUCCCAGCCUCCCUCUGAGAAAUCCAUGACUCACGUAUGGUGAGCUAGGAGGAGGGAGGAGCCCAGCUGGGGCAGGAGGGGGUGAUUCCCCCCCCCCACCACUCACCCGGGCGCCUCCCCCGGCUCCACACUGGCUGCCCGCCUUGCCCUGCUUCAGGAGGGGGGUCGGGAGCCUCCACACUCAGGACUUCUCUCAGCAGCAGGACCACAGCUGGCAGGUUAAACCCCGGAGGUGGAUCUCGAAAGGCGGUUCAGCUGCCUGGCCCCACGUGGGACUUUCUCUCCAUCCGUCACCAGGUGGUGCCUUCUCAGGGUGACCAUGGGGAGGAAGACAGCUGCCCAGGUGUUGCUGCAGAUGACACUGUUCCUGCUGGGUCUGCUCCUGGUUCAAGGUGCCCACGAAGGGAGCUCCCGGGAAGACUUCCGCUUCUGUGGCCAGCGGAACCAGACGCAGGAGAGCAGCCUCCGUUACAAUCGGACGGCCGAGCUGCACAUCUCCAUCCGCAACUCCGAGGAGGCCCUCACGGUCCACGCGCCCUUCCACGGCGCCCAUCCAGCAUCUUGGCCCUUCCCCCACCCCAGGGGCCUCUACCACUUCUGCCUCUACUGGGACCGCCGUGCGGGCCACCUGCGUCUUCGCUACGGCAAGAGCGACUUCGUGCUGAGCCGCCAAGCCUCGGACCUCCUCUGCUUCCGGCAUCAGGAGAGCGUGGCCCAGGGAAGCCCGCUGUUUGCCACCUCCGUCCGCUCCUGGUGGAGCCCCCAGAACACCAGUCUGCCCAGGGCAGCUGGCUUCGUCUUCUCCUUCCACAAUGCCCCUCCAAAGACCCCCCACAACGCCUCGGUGGACAUAUGUGAGCUCAAGAGAGAUCUCCAGCUGCUCAGCCAGCUUCUGAAGCACCCUCAGAAGACCUCAAGAAGGCACCAGUUCAUCCCUGCCAGCCAGCGGCUGCAGAGCCUGGAGUCGAAGCUGACCUCCGUGAGCUUCACAGGGGACUCGGCGUCCUUUGAAGAGGACCGCAUCAACGCCACGGUGUGGAAGCUCCGGCCCACAGCCAGCCUCCAGGACCUGCACAUCCACGCCCGGCAGGAGGAGGAGCAGAGCGAGAUCCUGGAGUACUCGGUGCUGCUGCCCCGCGCAGUCUUCCAGAAGACCAAAGGCCGGAGGGAGGAGGCUGAAAAGAGACUCCUCCUGGUGGACUUCAGCAGCCAAGCCCUCUUCCAGGACAAGAAUUCCAGCCAGGUCUUGGGAGAGAAGGUCUUGGGUAUUGUCGUGGAGAACACCAAAGUAGCCAACCUCUCGGAGCCCGUGGUGCUCACCUUCCAGCACCAACCACAGCCGAAGAAUGUGACUCUUCAGUGUGUAUUCUGGGUCGAAGGCCUGACACUGAGCAGCCCGGGGAGCUGGAGCGAUGCCGGGUGUGAGACCAUCAGGAGAGAGACGCAGACAUCCUGCCUCUGCAACCACCUGACCUACUUUGCGGUGCUGAUGGUGGCCUCCGUGGAGGUGGACGCCGCCCACAAGCACUACCUGACCCUCCUCUCCUACGUGGGCUGUGUCAUCUCUGCCCUGGCCUGCGUCCUCACCAUCGCCGCCUACCUCUGCUCCAGGAGGAAGUCUAGGGAUUACACCAUCAAGGUGCACAUGAACCUGCUGCUGGCUGUCUUCCUGCUGGACGUGAGCUUCCUGCUCAGCGAGCCCGUGGCCCUGGCAGGCUCCGAGGCCGCCUGCCGCGCCAGCGCCAUCUUCCUGCACUUCUCUCUACUCGCCUGCCUCUCGUGGAUGGGCCUUGAGGGCUACAACCUCUACCGACUGGUGGUCGAGGUCUUUGGCACCUACGUCCCUGGCUACCUGCUCAAACUCAGCAUCGUGGGCUGGGGCUUCCCCAUCUUCCUGGUGGCGUUGGUGGCACUGGUGGAUGUGAACAACUAUGGCCCCAUCAUCCUAGCUGUGCACAGGACUCCAGAGAGUGUCAUCUAUCCUUCCAUGUGCUGGAUCCGUGACUCCCUGGUCAGCCAUGUCACCAACCUGGGCCUCUUCAGCCUGGUGUUUCUGUUCAACAUGGCCAUGCUGGGCACCAUGGUGGUACAGAUCCUGCGGCUGCGCCCCCAUGCCCAGAAGUGGCCCCAUGUGCUGACAUUACUGGGCCUCAGUCUGGUCCUUGGCCUGCCCUGGGCCUUGGUCUUUUUCUCCUUUGCUUCUGGCACCUUCCAGCUUGUCGUCCUCUAUUUCUUCAGCAUCAUCACCUCCUUCCAAGGCUUCCUCAUCUUCCUCUGGUACUGGUCCAUGCGCCUGCAGGCCCGGGGCGGGCCUUCCCCUCUGAAGAGCAGCUCAGACAGUGCCAGGCUCCCCAUCAGCUCUGGCAGCACCUCGUCCAGCCGCAUCUAGGCCACCAGCCCCCCCGCCGGUGUGAGGAAGCCAAGAUGCGACCUCUCUUCACUGCUCCCUGUGGCUGCUUCAGCCAGGCCCGGCCCUUGGUGAGCAAGCCGGAGCCUUGAGAGGGCCCGAGGACCUUGGAGGGAUGGGGCUGUCACCAUGGCAGCCAGACUCCCAGGCUGGACCUUCUGAAUUUGCCUGGGGACUCCUGGGCUCUCUGGUCCAGGCUGCUGGGGCUUAGGUGUGGGACUGUCCCCAGCCAUCCUAGCCUGGAGCUGAAGCCUGGUCUCGACUUAGUACCAUGGGGCCAGCGCUCGUGGCUUGGGGUAGGGAGUCUGUAGGCCUUGGACCUUGGAGGCAGGUGGCAUCCUUGUCCCCAGCCCAGGACAGAAAUGUGCCGUAGCUGCUCUCUCUGUGUCUGAUGACCACGAGGGACUCUGUAGCCCCUGCCAUUUUAACCUCCGGAUGGCACACAGGGAAACGGGUUGGGACAGUGCUUUGGGCCAGACCCUUGGAGGAGCAGAGCCCCUCCCUGGAGCAUCACAACAGCUCCCCUACCUCUGAGCCCAGGGCCCUGGCCCUUGGCUUCCCUCCCCAGCCCUUCCUCUCCCCUUCCUGGUCCUCCCUUCCUCUCCUGGGACCUCUCUACCCCUCCGUGCACAGCCCGGGGUCCCCAGUUCCAAUGCUGGAUUUGGGGUGGUGGUUCCCAAGAGCCGCCUGGUACCUACUGUAAAACUUUCUCUACUGCAUGGGCCUCUGCCUGCCACUGACUCAGGCUUAGUGUAGACGUUCUGGGCUGGGCUACGUCCGUCUUGCCAUCUGGGCCUCUCCGGAAGCUGUAUCACCCUUGCUCACCACUGCCGAGCCCACACCUCACAGGGCCUUGCAACCUCUCCUGAAGCCGCUUUGUGGCAAGAACUGUGGAUCAUAGCCCCCCAAAUGUGUUUCCACCCCAGCAUUCUGAAGACUGAGACACGCCUCCCCUGAUGAUCUAGAGCCUAAUGGGCUCCUAAAAGGCCAUCUCAGAACCCUUGCAGACACUCUUGAGCACACCGCAGCCCAGCGCAGUUAAUUCUGCUGGACCCAGCUGGCCAGACCGGGUUGCUCCCCCUCUGAGCGCUCAUUCUGAUAUGGGAGGCGUGCAUGAGACAAGAACUCUUGGAGCUACAGGCACCGAGUUGGGGGAGCCAUCAUUCCUGGUUGGAAUCCAAGAAGACUUCCCGCAGGAGGCGGCAUUUCACCUGGAUCUCAGCCUUAAAGAUGGGGAGGAUUUGCUUUGUAAUUACCAGUUCAUUUGUCUUUGGCUAUCAGAGAGAAGUACAUGUUUGUUGUAGAGAAUUCGGAAAUGUAGAAGAAUACACAGAAGAAAAUAAAAGUCAGCUCUUAUCACCUAA